GCCAUGUCGCAGCGCAGGCGCUCUGUCAGCCCCUUUUUCUGCUUCGUGCGCGACCAGCUGCCCGAGCUGCGGCGGCGGGGGCUGUCCGUGGCCCGCGUGGCGGACGCCAUCCCCCACUGCUGCCAGGCGUGGGCGUUGCUGACAGAGGAAGAAAAGGCAGCGUACCUGGAGAAGGCUCGUAAGUGGAAUGGAAAGAAUUGUUCUCAGAAAACUGAGAAAGAGACACAUAAUCUGGGUAAUCCAGUUCCUGCUUCUCUGACCAAAAAGAUGCCCAGUGUUACUUCUUUACCAGAUGCCUUUGCUAUGUCUUGGAAUAACGAUCAGGAUGUGGUUGCAGACAUCUUCUACUUCCUGGACAUUUACAGCCAUGGCAAGCUACCAUCCCAGUGUGAGCAGCGCUUCCUUCCUUGUGAGAUUGGGUGUGUCAGGUACUCCCUACAGGAUGGCAUCAUGGCUGAUUUCCAUCACUUCAUAGAUCCAGAAGCACCACCACGUGGUUUUCGGUACCACUGCCAGGCUGCUGGUGCUGAAACUCAUAAGAUCCCUAUAUCUGGAUUUCAUCUUCCACGUACAUGUUACACAGUUGUCUUACAGGAACUCCUUAAGUUUGCCCAGCCAGCCAGAGGGGUCCAGCCUCGCUUUUUCUGCAGGUCUGACGACAGAUUCCGAAUUAACUGGUGCCUCGGUCGAAUGGCUAGCGUAGCAGGCAUUGAGAGCCAUCUACAGCUUUUUUCUGUAGAAGACCUGAUAGUAGAACUGUACCUGAAGAAAAACCUAAAGGAGCCAUCCAAGACAUGGGUGUCUAGAAAACUGGAUGCCUGCCUGUGGGAUUUCUCCAGUAACACCAGGUGCAAGUGGCAUGAGGAGAACGAUAUAGUCUGCUGCGCUUUGGCAUCCUGUAAGAAAAUUGCUUACUGCAUCAGUAACUCUUUAGCCAGUGUGUAUGGAGUCCCACUAACAGCAGCUCACCUACCUCUGGGAGUCUCUCAUUGUGGUCAAAGCACAAGUACCAGGAUUGUGAAACUGGAUGCUGGUUUUCAGAAAAUGAAAGCUGAGAGUUCUGGAUAUGACAGACCUUUUGGUUCUCCAAGUCAGGAUCGUGAGCUUAUCCCUUCUAAUCGUGGUUCUCCGUGUGGUGUGAAGACUUCCCUUGGUGUGAAAGAAGUGUCAUACAGGGAAGAGGAGUUAUUCCAUUUCUGAAAAGUGCAUCUGAUCUAUUCAAAUCUUUCAGUUUUUGAAAGUCUUUUUUACAUUCAGGACAGCUGUAAAUUCUAAUUUUCUUUGUUUCUAAGAAACCCAGUAGUAGAGACUGCAGUUUUUCACCUGUAACCCUUGACAGUCCAAGUUUUUGUUAGAAUGAUAAAACUAUUGACUAGAUUUAAAUAAGAUAAAAAUCUUGUUUGUUAUCUACAGAAAGAUUUGUUUUGAAGGGACCUGGCAGUUGCAUCUUUAAAAAUACAUGCCCUACUAUUUCUGUUUCUUAAUGAGUGGAGUGCAAAUUCGAGAUUGAUUAAUCAAUAUAAUUGAGUUGGAAGCAUUCUUUGGUGUCAGUGUGACUUUAAACAAGUGCUUUAUUUCUUCUGUAAUAACCUUCUCCUCUUCUGCACGUGGAGGACAGAACAUAGGAGUCUCUCUCCAAAAAAUAGUGCAGGGGGAAGCAUUGAAGGUAUGAAGGGGAAUUAAAGGUACAGUAGUCCUGAAGGUUUCUGUAACUGAUCAGUUUUAGCCAUGAAGAAUUUGAGUGGCCUUUCAAGGCAAGAAAGCAGACUUGAUAUGAAGCAUCUUGAAAGAAAUACUAUAGCAAAUUUAUCUUAUUUGUUAAUGUUCUUAGAGGCAUAGACUAUGUUGUGUGCAUCAGGAGAAAGUACAACUUUUAAUUUUUUAAAAAAUUUGCAUCAGUUUUCUUUUUAAGAAAUGCAUGUCCCUCAAACUUACAGACUGGAGAGAAGUCUGAGUAUUUUGUUGUUUUUUUUUUUCUUUUUUUUGAAAAGAGUAUCGAAUUCAAAGUGAUACAUUUAACAAGUUUAGCCAGGCUGGGUAUAUACUAGUCAUAAUUAUUUGAGGGCACAUAAAGAAGUGGAAGACUAACAUUCUUCAGGGAAAAUAGUUGUUCCAUUUUAUGGAGCUACAGUUCUUGGACUAGUCACCAAAAAGUUGUCUGACCCUUGUCCAUGUGUGUUUAAGCAAUGGAUUCUCAGAAAUAAGAGAUUUUUUUUUUUUUUAGUUGUUUCUAUGUUUUGUUUCAACAGAGGUCCAGCUUUGAAAAACUGUUUCCAUGGCAACUAACUGUGUGAAGGUACUUAUUUCAUUCCUUGUAGGUACUGAAACUCAAGAUUAAGUAGUUCACUCUCUUGAAUAGGAAAAAAACCCCAAUAAAAGAAAUGCAAACAAAAUACAAUACUCAAUUAAAAUGAGAGGUUUAUUUAUGGAUAAAUUCAGCCACGCUGAUCAGUGUGUCAAAAAAGGCCAAUUGCUGUUAUAGUUGGAAAUCUGUUACAGCUGCUGUAAGGCCAGUUGAGGCCUUUUCUUCCAGUGUUGUAGGAUCACUGAGGCAUUUUCAUUCUUCUUUUUGAACUGUUUGCUCCAUCACAUAAUUUGCUUGUAUUAUUCUGUGAUUGCUUCCUUUGAGGCUACUGUCCGACCUGCUGAUUUUCACCAAAUAAGGGACAAUAAACCUCUGAGACUGAUAUCCACCCCUGAAGCACCUGGGAACGUUGUAACAGGAUGAGUGUGUCUAUCUAGUAGUGCUAAAGGCUUCCCUGCAUUUGUAUAGAGUUGUUGAAGUUCUGAGUUUUGUAACUGGCAGUCACUGCUGUGUUGACAUUUCAAAAUGUACGGAAUUGUAAUCUUUGAAUUAUUUUGGGAGUUCAGUGUUGCAAUAAAAACUUCCUGUUUCAAUUCUUACGUAGAAGAGAAUCCUUCAAAAAGUAUUGUUAAAAGACUUAUUCAGAGUUAGGUGCACAAACCUAAGAACAUUUGUUAUUAUGCUUAAUGUGUUCUAUGUCAAGAGUGAGAUAAAGAAGCUGAGCAGGAGUGGAGAAAAACCGUUAGGAUUCCGUGUCAUAUCUGUGCCUUAUCACC